AUCGCGCAGGAAUUGUUGGUGGUUUUUGUGCUUAACGCGUAAAAUUUUUCAUGCUAACGCUUACUAGCACAUGUAAGUAGGCAUAGUGAUAUGCGGGGUGUCCGUCGGCUAUGCCGACCCCUAUUUGAGAGGGGACUGAUGAGCCGCAAUCCAAGUCUAGUCCUUUGACAGAUUGCAUCACGUGCACUGUUCUGCUAAGACCGGUGGUGCUUAAACAAGGUUGUGGUGAACGUAAUUCUCAUUGAUACGAUCAGGAUGUUGUAUGGCAGCUAGUUUAUGUAGUCAGAAUAUGGAUAAAUUUGGGAAUAUUAUGCAUCUGCGAUUGUCCGUUCGUUCGGCACUUGCUCGGUUCGGAGUUAUCAGCGAAAACUCAAAUAUCAAACUUCAACAUGAGUAGUGAGGAAAGCAGCGAGUAUGAGUCCACGUCGAGUGAAUCAAGCCAGGAGGUUCUAAAGCCCGUAUUCGUGAAGAAAGGCAAGAAGGCUGAACUGGAUACCAAAGAAGUAGUGAAGGACCAGGCCAAGACUAUUAUUUCCAAGCUCGAGUCCAAAGGGACCAAAUCGCCUGAUGUUUCCGAAAAGAAUGACUUCGAUGGUGUCGAUGACACUGAUGACCUAGACCCCGAGCAGGAGUUUGAGCAAUGGAAGGAAAGGGAAAGGCUUCGUUUCCUUAGAGACAGACAACUUUUGCAAACGGAGGAGACGGCCAAGGAAGACAGGUUAAGAGGGGUGAAAAGAAGAGCCGAAGAGCUUGAAAAUACGUCCAGUUAAUGAUGCUGUCAUUAUUGGCACAAGGGGUCGUUG